AUGCAUGUAAGUUACUUUGUGGAUCAAGAGGACAGCAUGUAUCCUGAAUGCAGGAAGUACACAAAAGCUGGUUUAGCAGUACAGAAUUUUCCAGUAAGUCCCCACUACUCAAAUUAUAUGGGGUACCAUAAUGUGCACAGCAUUACCAGUCAUGGACAUCCAUCAAGCUUAUGGGAAAACAGUUAUGGAAUGGAAGAAUACAAUUACUAUGGGCCUGGAAUCACUGGAACAAGUUCUUCAAUAAUGUCUGGAUUGUCUAAUGGACAGGCAAUUUAUGAAUCUCAUGACAUAAGAGAGAUGCACCAUUCUGGAUCUGAGGAAAUGCCUCUUACUGGAGUAAAUAAUCACCCAUCAUCCAAUAACCAAAGACACCAGUCUUGUGAAUGGGCAAAGAAAGCAACGUACACGGAUCCCAUAGGAAAGACGAGGACAAAGGAGAAAUACAGAGUAGUCUACACGGAUCAUCAGAGAUUACAACUUGAGAAGGAGUUCCUCUCCAAUAGAUACAUCACUAUCCGAAGAAAGUCUGAAAUCGCAUUGACUCUGGGUUUAUCUGACAGACAGGUAAAAAUCUGGUUUCAGAACAGACGAGCCAAGGAAAGGAAACUAAUCAAGAAAAUAGGACAGCUUGAUGGCAAUAUGUGUUCUGGAUGGAGAGACUCUGGAUCUGUCAGUCCAGCAGAUAUGACUGCUAUAUCAUAUCCCCAGCCACAAGCAAUGGUUAGGCUGCAGUCAGUGAACAACAACAUGCCUCGGGUUCCAGUAUCACAAUGUACAGAUACUUAA